CAGGCGAGGCUGCAAAUCGCCGCAUAUGAUGCUCUUUAUCCCAUCAGCCCAUUGUAUACAGCGAAGGAAACCCUGUGCCGUGAGCAGCCAUCUUGGAUAGACAGAUCAUCAUACUUGAGCCAGGAUAACCUGGAUUCCUCUUCUGAACAGCUCAAGAACACAAAGCUCUAAAGACUUAAUAUCUGAGCCACAAUGGCCACCGCACCGUACAACUACUCCUACAUUUUCAAAUACAUCAUUAUCGGGGACAUGGGGGUAGGGAAGUCAUGUUUGCUUCACCAGUUCACAGAAAAGAAAUUCAUGGCGGAUUGCCCCCAUACGAUCGGCGUGGAGUUUGGUACGAGGAUAAUCGAGGUGAGCGGGCAGAAGAUCAAGCUGCAGAUCUGGGACACGGCGGGGCAGGAGCGCUUCAGGGCGGUCACACGCUCCUACUACCGCGGGGCCGCAGGGGCGCUCAUGGUCUACGACAUCACCAGGAGAAGCACGUACAACCACCUCAGCAGCUGGCUGACUGACGCCAGAAAUCUCACCAACCCUAAUACUGUGAUCAUUCUCAUAGGAAACAAAGCGGACCUGGAGGCCCAGCGGGACGUCACGUACGAGGAGGCCAAGCAGUUCGCUGAGGAGAACGGUCUGUUGUUUCUGGAAGCCAGUGCAAAAACAGGUGAAAACGUUGAGGACGCCUUCCUGGAAGCCGCCAAGAAGAUCUACCAGAACAUCCAAGAUGGCAGCCUGGACCUGAACGCCGCCGAGUCGGGGGUCCAGCACAAGCCGUCGGCCCCCCAGGGCGGCCGGCUAACCAGCGAACCACAGCCCCAGAGGGAAGGGUGCGGGUGCUAAUGACCAAGCAAACCCUCGUCAUCCUCCCUUGCUCCCUCCUUCUCUCUCUCCGUCUGUCCUGCCCACCCUCCCUCAACCAUCCCCCCCCCCUCUCCAUCCAUUCCUUCACCUCCGUACGUACGUCCAUCCCCCCUCCUCCCUCACUGCACCAGGAGCAUGAGAGCAGGGCGAAGGACCGAGGGAUGGAUAUCGACUGGGGCCAGACUGAGCUGGGCUGUGUGGACUACAUCUCUCCCCCCCCCUCUCUUCCUUUCUCUCUCCCCUCCUCUCUCUAAAAUCUGUCUGUGUGUUGUCGUCCCAUAACUCUCCUCUUUUACUCCCCUCCGCUCCUCUCGCACCAUUCAGUGUAGUCCCCCCCCCGUCACAGUAUGGUAGACGCCACCACACGGGUUACCGACACUUUAGAUAGACGUAACGUUCACAUGAUAAACCGAGACUGUUUUUUUACGUUUGGUUUUAUAGCUGUAUAUGACAUGUAAACACUGCAUUAAGUUUCAUCCACCGCGCAUCAGUUCUGAAUGAAUCGGAUCUUACAUGUAGUCUCCUAACAUCCUGCAUGGUUUACCACUCGAGCAUUUGACCGAGACAUGCGGGUGCGAUAUCUCACUCCCUCAUUUUUGUGGGAUCAGACAGGGAAGGAGAUGCAGUCACACAGGCAGAGGGUCUCGAGUGUGUUUCAAAGCCGAGAGAGCGUCUUCAGAAGGAUUAAAACCUGCUUGUGGUUUUUAAUUCUGUUUCUGCUGCUCGGCACCAAGAGAGUUCCUUCGCCAGAUGUGGCCACACUGAUGUUCUCAGGAGAGAGGAGGAAUACUUUACAAAACCAGGAAUUGCCCACAAAUUCCUUUGGAAGUUAUUCCUCAGUCUCUCCUGAGAAAUCACAGGGAGAAAUAUUUUCCCGCCUGUCUGUUUAGUGAGAGUCUGUGUUCUCUAAACCAGCUCUCCUCGCCCGUCCGACCCCCCCCC